GUUUAAAUUAUUGCUCUUAUCUUGUAAAUAAAGUAAUCAAAUCAUAAUAAAAAAAACUGAAGACUAUGUCGAAAAGACCAGAACACCAAGCCCCGCCUGAACUUUUUUACAAUGAAGAUGAAGCCAGAAAAUAUACACAGAACUCCCGAAUUAUCGACAUCCAAGCACAGAUGACUGAACGAUGCAUUGAAUUAUUAGUCCUACCUGAAGAUACACCAUGCCUACUUUUAGAUAUAGGGUGUGGAUCAGGUCUGUCAGGAACAGUGCUAGAAGAAAAUGGUCAUUUGUGGAUUGGACUUGACAUAUCUUCUGCUAUGCUAGAUGUUGCUUUGGAACGGGAAACUGAAGGUGAUUUGAUACUUGCUGACAUGGGUGAUGGGGUACCAUUCAAACCGGGUAGUUUUGAUGGUGCUGUAUCUGUUUCCGCAUUGCAAUGGCUCUUUAAUGCUGAUAAGAAGUCACAUCAACCUGUUAAAAGACUGUAUAAAUUCUUCAGCUCAUUAUAUGCUUCUUUGUCAAGGUCAGCAAGAGCUGUGUUCCAAUUCUAUCCAGAAAAUGAAAGCCAACUAGAACUUCUAACAUCACAAGCAAUGAAGGCCGGUUUCUAUGGAGGUGUUGUCAUAGAUUAUCCUAACUCUGCCAAAGCCAAGAAAUUUUUCUUGGUUCUUAUGACAGGGGGAUCAGCACCAUUACCAAAAGCUCUUGGUGUUGAUGAAGAAGACAGCCUUCAAGUAAAAUAUGCAAGACGAGAAGCAUGUAAAGGAGCAAGAGGUAAACCACUUAAGAAUACUAGAGCUUGGCUUUUAGAGAAAAAGGAAAGACGAAGGAAACAAGGAAAGGAAACAAAACCUGACACAAAGUAUACAGGAAGAAAAAGAAGUGGGAGAUUUUAAGAUUCAUUGUUAUUUUUAAUUUUUUGUA